AGCAGAGAAAAAGCGCAACAAUUCGCGUAGCAGAAACUCUUCGGACUCACACUUGCUGAAUCAUCAAGAAUCUGGCAAAUACUCGAGAAAUGAAGUCAAAGAAGACAACUGUAACUGUAAGAGCGCCGCAAAGUUAUGUGCAAGACGCCUGCCGUCUAAUGUUCAGCAGAAGAUUGAGGACGCCAACCGAGAUAUGAUAACUCCCAAGGAAUCACGAGCCCCUACGCGCUACAGAGAGAACCUUACUGCCAGGUUGCGUCGUCAGUCGUCGGUGAAUAACAGUACAACCAGCUUAAGGAGCUCCCGAAGACCGUCCCCUGUUGCCAGCAGGAGGUCUGCCUUGCCCUCACGAGAAUCGUCGAGAACCCGUGAUGGUGCUAGGGCUGCGAAGUCGUGUACAAAACACUUGCUGUUCGAUACUUACUCUAAGACCGACAAUUCUAGUCUUUGUAGUACCCCAGGAACUCCCCUCUCAAACAGUAGAAGCGUAACGCCUCGGGGCCCGUCCCCAGAACCAGGAACGCGAGUAACCACUAUGGAUAACCACAAAACUCAAGAACAGAGUAAAGGAACCGAACUGAGUCAACGUGCGCAAGAACUUUUGUCGGAUUUCUCCAAUGUCUCUAACCAGUCCUCUAGCACAUACGUACACCUCUCGCGGAAGCCAAACGAUGCCAGUAAGACGAACAAAUCAGAAAAUUACAAAUCGGACUUAAUAGAACGUAAUAUUUGUAAAACUUACGUUAUGGUGAAGUCUCAUAAAGAGGGUUACGGUCGGCCGUUACUGAAAACUGUAAACAAGAAACUGAUCAUCCACCCUUAUCCUAUACCCCCUUAUAGAGUAUCCCCCCAUACAGGUAGCCAUGGAGCAUCUAGCUCAUCAACACGUUCAGCCUCACGUAUCGACACUUCGACAAAACCCGCAAGUACGAAAUUGUCUCCGAACAGUCCGAACACAGUACAGCAGCCCUGCACGAGCAAUGAUUCACAAAACAAUUCAAAUUACACGCCUUUACCGGAUAUCGAAAGCUCAUAUUAUAUAUUGAAACAAAAACCUGCUCUCAAACUUGAAGCUGAUGACGCCAGUACAACUGGAAGCAUUCCCCAGACAUCUGAGAGAAAAGAUAGAACAAGAGAAGCAAUAAUACAAGCCCGGAUCCGUUUUCUACGUAAAACUCAACAGUUUGAAGCGGACAUUAAGGAAAACGGUAUUCCCCAAAAACCGCAGCCAUUACGUGAGGAUAUGAGGCAAAUGAUGAUACGCGAAUCAAAACGCAAGUACCUGAGCAAGCAAUACCAGAGCCAGUCAAAAUUUGAAAAAAUUGAGGGUCUAAAUUGGAUCUCCUGGCCACAAUAAACAAUAUGAUUUAUUGAAGGUCUAAAUUGGUUCUCCUGGCCACAAUAAACAAUAUGAUUUAUUGAGGAUCUAAACUGGAUGUCCG